AACACAUCUGACGCCAUGAGGAACUUCGUAGUCGCACUCUUGGGCUUCGCGUGCCUGGCGCUCGUUGAUCAGGCCAUGGCCGGUUACCUGCUCGGAGGCCACGGCGCUUACGGGGGCUCUGGAGGCUACGGGGGCUACGGCUCCGGCGGCUAUGGUGGCGGCUACGGCUCUGGCGGCUACGGCGGCUACGGCGGAGGCGGCCUUGGCGGAUACGGAGGUGGCCUUGGAGGUUACGGAGGUGGCCUGGGAGGAUACGGAGGCUACGGCGGAAACAGUGGCUUCGGAGGAGGCUACAAGAAGAGCUUCGGAAGCUUUGGAAGCAACUACGGCAGCAGCUACGGCGGUGGCUACGGUGGCGGCUAUGGCGGCGGCUAUGGUGGCGGACGCGGUUUUGGCGGCGGCUACAAGUCUGGUGGCUGGUGGUGAGUCCCGAAGGCGUAGACAUGAAGACGGCAAAAGUCAUCGAGCGAUCUCCAGCAGCUGUCCGCAAGCUGACAGCCCUCGCUGCGGGCUGGACCCGCCCACACUCCGGAGCAAUAAAAGAAAGCUCUCACCAAA